AUGCGCCGUCGAUUACUCUUUACUAUCGUCUUUUGCUUAUUUUUUGUGACUACUUUAUCGAUUCAAUGUUAUACGGGCACUGAUACCCAAUGUGUAUUAGCACCUAAUAUCCAAGAUUGUGGUCCAGGAGAAGUUUGUAUAUGUGUGAAAUAUCGUUUUAAAUGUACAAACGAUGAUCAAGCUUGUAGUCAACGAGAACAAUUGACAGGAGUUACAAAAUGGGCAUAUACAGUGGUGUCUAAAAGUGUAUGUGAAGCAUUGAAAAAUCCAAUGAGUGGUGCUUCUAGUGUGCAAUGUUGCUCAACUAAUCGAUGCAAUCGACCUGAUAAUGGCAAAUGUUCAUGGUCUCAAACUCGUCGUCGAGUUCUACGUAAAUUUACUGAUUUACUCGACUUCUAA